AUGGAAAUGGAGCAGGGAGAAGAGCGUGAUGCGGAGGAAAUAAACCUCCUGGCCGUCCACAAGGGCCGGCGGUUCACCUUUGGGGGAAGUCAGCAUCCUCCCCUGAGGACUGAUUUGAAGGAAGUUUUCCUCAGGACUUUUGACUUUGUUUCACUCAUUAGACUGGGUAUCAGUGUAUUUUUUUUAAAAAAAGGAAAGUCCUAUUUGGAAACGGGACCCUUUUAUGGGCUUGACCUUCCCACUUUGUGCAAAGUUCAGCCCACGAGCACCUUUGAUGUGGCUGUAAUUGGAGCUGGCAUCCUGGGACUGGCAUCGGCCAGGGAGCUCAGCCUGCGACACCCAUCCCUUGUUUUUGGAGUACUGGAAAAGGAAAAGGAGUUAGCCUUCCAUCAGAGUGGACACAACAGUGGUGUUAUUCACAGUGGAAUCUACUACACACCAGGAUCCCUGAAAGCGAAGCUAUGCGUGGAAGGAUCUCUCCUCUGCUACAAGUACUGUGACCAAAAGGGAAUCCCAUAUAAACAGUGCGGGAAGCUGAUUGUGGCAGUUGAACGGGAAGAAAUUCCGAGACUCAAGGCACUCUAUGAGCGCGGCUUGCAGAACAAUGUCCGAGGGCUGAAGCUGAUAACUUCCAAAGAAAUCCAAGAGAAAGAGCCUUACUGUCGGGGUUUGAUAGCCUUGGACUCCCCCUACACGGGCAUUGUGAAUUACAGGCAGGUGGCCCUGGCCUAUGCUGAGGAUUUCCAGGCAGCUGGUGGGACCGUCUUGACUGACUUUGAGGUGGAAGACAUGCAGAUGGCAAAAGAAAGUCCCCCCGGAAGUGAAGAAGGGCUGAAAUAUCCUGUUGUUGUUAGAAAUUCCAAGGGGGAGGAAGUCCGCUGCCGGCAUCUGGUGGCCUGCGCAGGGCUUUACUCUGACCGCCUCUCUCAGAUCAGCGGCUGCAGCCCAGAGCCUCGAAUCGUGCCCUUCCGGGGUGAUUAUUUGGUGCUAAAGCCAGAGAAGUGCUAUUUGGUUAGAGGAAAUAUUUAUCCGGUACCGGAUCCCCGUUUCCCCUUUCUGGGCAUCCAUUUUACCCCAAGAAUGGACGGCAGUGUCUGGCUUGGCCCUAAUGCUGUUCUCGCCUUCAAACGAGAGGGCUACAGAGUCUAUGACUUCAGUCUGCAAGAUUUCAUGGAGGCCACUGCUUACAGUGGCUUAUGGAAGCUGGUGCUCAGAAACUUCUCGUACGGGGUGGGAGAAAUGUACAGAGCCUGUUUCCUCAGCGCGCAGUUGAAGCAGCUACAGAAAUUCAUACCAGAAGUCACAAUCAACGAUAUUCUCAGAGGUCCUGCUGGUGUCAGAGCUCAGGCCUUGGACAACGACGGGAACUUAAUAGACGAUUUUGUAUUUGAUGAAGGCACUGGAGAUAUCGGGGGCCGAAUUCUCCACGUCCGAAAUGCUCCUUCCCCUGCCGCGACCUCCUCUCUUGCCAUUGCGAAAAUGAUUGCUAACGAGGUGGAGAGGAGAUUCGAACUGUGACAAGAAUGCUGGAGGUUUGGGGGCCUGUUUAAUCCCUUCUGCCAUUGGACCCUGUGACCUGCGAGUGACAACCGAGGAAAUGGCAGAAGACCUUUGCUGCCUGCCUGGAUAGAGGCAGUCAGGACCAGGCAGCGAUCACGAACUCCUUUAACUUGAAGAAAGCUUAGAAUGCCUCCGUGUUCUGCAUUGCACAACUAAGGCCAUAUAACAAGUAGAGACAAGAUCCGACGGGCCCCUCGAACGCCGUAUGAAUUUGGCAGGGGGGAGAGAUUGGGUUGUGGUGUCUGCAGGACAGCAGCUGACACACAGGAGGUCCCCUCUGCUUCUCCUCAGAAGAGUUGCUUCCCUCGGGGGCCCCAGUGCGGAUGUUGUGUUCAAGAGAGAGAGAGAAGGCGGCCAAGUAGCGACCGCAACCCUUGCUCUGGUUUACCAGCACAUCAGCUCAUUCCCUCUCUGGGGAAGCAGCAGCUUAAUUCCUUGAAGGUGGGAAGAGUGGGAAGGCCACGGACUACCUGUCUCAUCCGUUGUGAACGUCCAGCCUUCUCCCACACGGUUUCUUGUCUGUCCACGCCACAGUGGAGGCGAUGGCAGACUCCAUGAGUGAAUCUGUCAUUGGGAGUUCACAGAAACGUUGCCUCCGUGUCGUCUUUUCACUAAGUAAGGGGCAGGAAGCUGCUGCCGGAAAGCCAACUAUGUGAGCAAAUCAGAGAAACUAGCCAAGCCGUCUGAAUGAACAAGAACAGAGCAAGACUAUGGUUGUGCCUUAAGUACAGGAGGCAAAGAAUGGUUUGGCUUGACUUGGCUUGGGGUGGGGGAAUCCGCCUUAGCCGCAGUUCAUCUCUUAGAAGGUCUUCCAAUUUUUGUCAUUGCUGAAAAUCAGCAGGCCAAAUCCAUCGCUUUUUCAUUUUCUGAUUAGAUCCUCGUCUCUUUCUGAGUGGUCAAGGCGUGGAAAGAUGAGAGCAGCAUCUCAUUAAAUUCUGUCUAGUUUUGUGUAAAAAUGUCCACACUCAUCAUGGAUUUUUGGGUGAAAAAUCAGCCUUCAUGGAGAUGUUCUCUUAUUAGAAAAUGAACACAAUCGUACAAAGCCUCUCUAUAGGUUAACAUCUGUUUUUAUGUGACAUUUCCCUGUUGCUCAGUCUUAACACUCAGACUGACAAGUAGUGAAAUGUUGCAUAAACCUAAGUGUGGUAAUUAAGGUAAUUUUAAAGCUCUUAACAUCUUCACAGAAUUAUCAGUGUGAGCCACUGAAGCUUCCUCGUUAGAGAUGGGAUAUUCAUAUUCGUCUCCUGGGGGAGACAAAUAUGAUUAUCACCACCACAGGGCGGCUGGGCCCUUUGGACCUUCCCCCCCAGAACCAUCCCAGCCCACGUGCUGGGUUUCGCGUGACAUACAUGGGCAUCGUCGGUAACACUGCGCCAAUCCCCAGUAGCCCCACUGGUGCUUCCCGUCUCCCUGCGGUGUUGACCACUGAGUGGCUGAGCGAGGAGACUCGUCCUCCCACCUUUUCACAGGAGCGGUCAGCAGCAUAAGGGGAGCAGGGAAACACCAGCCAGGCUAGCUCCACAAUCGGCACCAUAUUAGCGACAACAGCCCCCAUGCACCCCAUGAAGCCCAGGAUAGUUCUGGGGGGGGGAGAGAGGGAACCGACCUCCAUGGCACCUCUGGUGCCCUGCUUAAUUUUCAUAUCCACAGGGAUACAAAUUAGGACCUCCUACAUCUAUUCCCACGUCUGUUCCAAGGUACUUUUCCUGUGCGAGAGACAUGCUGUCCAUCCUUCCUCUGCAUUCACAAACCUAAGAGCUUCUACUUCCAUAAAACCGAAACCUUUGCCUGUUGUACUUAAAUUAACCAUUAGCAGCAGUCAGAGCUUUAAAAGGGGGGGGCUUAAGAAACAUCUGUCCAGAACCAGGUAGCAUCUUUGCUCAGCAGAGAUGGGAAAUUACACCUUUUUGGACCAAGGUUCCCAGAAUUUCUAGCCAUUCUCUCUUCCUCCGUAACCCCCUAACAGUUGCUGUUCUCUUUCAAGGGAGAGGAACUGUAUGGAUGCCACACAGGAGAACAGCUGCUUUUUUGAAUCUGUCACUGGGAGAACAUGACUGUCUGCCAAUAAAGCUGAUUUUAUUAUUGUGA